AUGGCCUUCAAAGCUGUCUCCCUCCGGGAACCGCGACCAUCUGGGAGAAAGUCUACGAUCGGCCAGACGGUGACAAACAGACCAGACCUACUCAUUAAAUGCCAGCUCUACCACGACGACUAUGGUUCGGGUCACAAAGCCACUUAUUCAGAACGGUACCUCCAAGUGCGGCGCAACCCCACCACCAAGACGAGAAAGGCGUACGACCGAGCGGACUGGGAGAAGAUUAGAAAGGAGGUCCAGGAGCUCUUCGAGCAACCCGGGGAGCUAAACUCAGCCGAGGCACUAGACACAGCCGUGGAGAGUCUUAAAAGCAGGACCGCGAAUGCGAAAGAUGUGAACUGCCUACGGCACAAGUGGCAAGAGAGCAACGCUAAAGUCGGACGAGCCGACUACCGCACCAUGGCUAUGUUCGAGGACAUGCGCCAGUCACGGCGGGCAUGGACUCGGACCAUUGAGAAGGCUAAGGAAUCCCAUUAG